CGCGGGGGAUGGAGGGGGUGGGCCGCGGGGCCUUACGUGCACAGACACAGCUCCUCCGUCCCCGCGGAGCUCAGCUGCUCACGGGCAGCCGCGUGUCCUCACGCUGUUUGCGUUCCCAGGUGGGGGCGGCAGGGAAGGAGAUGCUCGUCGUGCCCGUGCUGGAAGCAGGAUGACUGUGGUGUCUAUGGCGACGGAACCCGAGCUGAAAUGGAUGAGCCUGCGGGGCCGCGGGAGGUGGGUGGCAGCGCUGGUGCUGCUCCUGGGCUCGCUGCUCAUGCUGCUGCUCCCUCCGGCUGCUGAGGAUGACCAGUGCCACACGGUGCUCAAGGGACUCUCCUUCCUGAGGAGCAAAGUGGGUGUGGGCUCCUCGGGGGUCACCAGAUACACGGGACAAACAACGGGGCUGAGCAUCACAUCUGGUGGGCUGGAGCUGCUGGUGCCGAAGGGAAAAGCCUCCCCAGGUAAGAAGGUGACAUUAGAAGCCAAAGCAGCCCUGAAGCAAGCCCUGGAGAUGAAGCGGCAGGGCAAGCGGGACAAGGCCCAGCGGCUGCUGCUGUACGCGCUCAGCAUGGCCCCGGCCUACGCCGACGCCCUCACCGAGUUCGGCAUCUUCUCGGAGGAGGAGAAGGACAUUGUGCAAGCCGACUACUUGUACUCCCGGGCCCUGACCGUCGCUCCCCGCCACGAGAAGGCUCUGCUCAGCCGCCACCGGACGCUGCCGCUGGUGGAGGAGAUCGACCAGAGGUACUUCAGCGUCAUCGACGGCAAGGUGAAGAAAGUGAUGGCCAUCCCCAAGGGCAGCUCGGCCCUGCGGCGGGUGAUGGAGGAGUCCUACUACCACCACAUCCACCACACCGUGGCCAUCGAGGGCAACACGCUGACGCUCUCGGAGAUCAGACACAUCAUCGAGACCAGGUACGCCGUCCCAGGCAAGAGCCUGCUGGAGCAGAACGAGGUGAUGGGGAUGCACGCCGCCCUCACCUACAUCAACGGCACGCUGCUGGCCCGCCCGGGCCCCGUGAGCAUCGCCGACAUCCUGGAGCUGCACCGGCGCGUGCUGGGCUACGCCGAGCCGCUGGAGGCCGGGCGCUUCAGGAGCACGCAGGUGUUCGUGGGGCACCACAUCCCUCCCCACCCCCGCGACGUGGAGAAGCACAUGCGGGAGUUGGUGCAGUGGAUGAACUCGGAGGAUGCCAUGAGCUUGCACCCGGUGGAGUUGGCCGCCUUGGCUCACUACAAGCUGGUUUACAUCCACCCCUUCGUGGAUGGCAACGGGAGGACGGCGAGGCUGCUGCUCAACCUCAUCCUGAUGCAGGCCGGGUACCCGCCCGUCACCGUGCGCAAGGAGCGCAGGGCUCAGUACUACCACGUGCUGGAGGUGGCCAACGAGGGGGACGUGAGGCCCUUCAUCCGCUUCGUCGCCCAGUGCACCGAGAGCACGCUGGACCUGCUGCUGGCCGCCACCACCGAGCACGCCGUGGCCCUGCCCGAGGCGGGCGGCGGCACCAUCCCCGUGGCCACCUGAGGGAGGGGGAAGAAGGGAGAUGUCACCCUUGCUGCCACUGUUGAGCGGUUCAUUUCUUUCAAGUGGCUUGCAGGGGGUUAAGGGAUUGUUAUUUAUUUGCUGUACACGCCGCCCAGGGGAAAGGGGAGCUGCUGGGGGAGAACCUGCGCUCUGCCGCGCUUGUGCUGCUGGGAGGAGGGGGGAGAGGGGCUCCACGGCUGAAGAGGAGUUGAAUUCCUCCUGAAAACUGAGCUUUGAGAAGCUGCUUCAGCCAGAACCCUUCAGCUCAUCGCUCAGCUGCACACUCUUGCCUUACCCAGGAGCUGCCAGGCAAGACAAAGCCUUUCCCUGUGUUACCUGUGCCCUGUUGUUCAGCCCCAAGCCUGGCGCUAAGAGCCCUCCCAGCUCCCCUCAUCUGACCCCCUCAGUCCUGAAUAGCAGCGAGCAGGUGAAGCUCCCCGAGGCACCUCUCUCCUCCCUUUUCCCCUCCCAGUAGCACUUUGCAUGUUUACCUUCAGUUGCCUUUUCUAAGGUGGAAAGAUUCGGCUCAAGGUGACAGCUGCUGGGACAGGAACAAGAGCUUUUGUUUCUCUGAAGAGGGAAGGGCUCUGAGGACUCCCUGGGAAACCACAACUCACAGAAUCAGACUUGUUGGGGUUGGAAAAGCCCCUGAAGCUGCUGUAGUCUCAGCCCUCCCCUGCCCGGCACUAACCCCUGGCCCUCAGCACCUCAGCUUUGAGAUCCCUCCAGGCCUGGGGCCUCCCCCAGCUCCCCGGGCCAAGAGAAAAGCUUUCCCACUGAUGUUCUUCCCCAUCUAAACCUUUUCUGGUGGCCAUUUCUUCCCUGUCUUAUUAUUCAUUACUUGGGAGCAGAGACCAAUCCUCCCUCCUCUCACUCCAACCUCCUGUCAGGGAGCUGCAGCCUGUCCCCACACAGCUCAGUUUGCUCCUGCAGAGCUGCAGGCAGAAAAGGUUGUUCCAUGUAACUGUGAGACAACCUCUAGCAGUUUGGCAAGAAUGGCUACAGCAACUCUGCCAGAACCUCAGUCUUUGCACAGUUAAUUAGCAGGUCACAUCAUUACUGUGCUAAACACAGCAAGAAUCACCAGAGGGCUGUGUGCUGCAGGGGGUGCAGUACCUGGAGGCUGCUGUGCAAUUCAGAGCACAUGUACUUUAUCUUUGCUUUUAAGGUGAAAAAGCAGCUGCAGGCUGACAGAGAACAGCUCCCUAAACCAGCUGGGUAACAGCAGUUGAUCCCAACACCUCUCCCCUCAGAAAGCCUCCCUUCUGUCCAGUUCAGAGUGCUGCUCAGCUCAAAGCCCUUUGCAAACCAGCCUAAGCUGUCAGCCUGCCCCAGGCCUGUCUUACAACUUCUUCACCUCUUACCUGUGAGGUAGUUGAGACUUCAACACAAGCAGACAAGAUGAGGAGGCUGGGAGCUAUCCCUCUACUACAGCCCUGCUCCAUGCUUCUGUGCUGAUGGCUGCUGCCAGGGAAAGCAAAGCACCCGGGGGGAAGGGUGCUCUGUCCUUCCACAUCGUGCUUGUUUGUGUACUGCAAGGUGAGUAUGAAUAAAACCUGCACUUUAGAGCUCUGGGGGAAAAGAGAUGUUAUUUUAGUAACAGAUUAAUAAACUAUUUUAAUAUUAAA